AGGUCUCCGUUCCCAGAUGCUGUCGUGUGAUCAGCUGCCCAACGAGAACCUCAGCGCUGCUCUGGACCAGAAGAUUGUUUCUCCUAACAGGGUCCUGGCAGACAGCGGCUCCUACGCACAGAUCGUUGUGGGCUUCCCUGACCUUGUGUCCCCUAACGAGGUGUACAGCUUUAAGAGGCCCGUCGACCUGUCAGUGGUGAAGAGCAGCGACAGCGGGUCUUACAUGUUCCUCAGAGGCGGACUCCGGUCCAGCACGCCCAAACGGGAGAACUGUGUCAGCCUGCUCUCGGCCAAUCAGGUGGUCCGAGCCCUCCCGCCCAACAAGGUCCCCCUGAAAGAGGCCUACCCCAAAGAUGUCACUCCUCCGAUGACAGCGGCGUACCUGGAGGUCACUGAUCUGAACUCCAAAAAAGUCAAAUAUGUUCCUGUCCCGAGGUCGAUGUCCGUGUCGCCGUACACCAGCUGGUUGUCGAAGGUGUCGGAGUCGGACGUGCUCCUGGCCGCUCUGGGGACUGGAGGUGUGGUCACAGUGGAUAUGGGCGGGUACGUUCGACUCUGGGAGACAGGAUUGGACACCCUGCAGCGAUCGCUGAUGGAAUGGAGGAAUAUGAUUGGGUCAGAGGACGGCAGACCCAUACAGAUCACCGUCCAGAAGGACAGCGGCCUGGACGUCACCGCCCCAAAACACGGCAAGAUCGACCCCAACAACGCUCCUCAUGUUGGGGGAAACCAGUGGGCAGGAGGCACAGGUGGCAGAGACACAGCCGGCCUGGGUGGCAAAGGAGGUCCCUAUCGGCUGGAUGCAGGACACAAGGUCUUCCAGGUUUCUCAGGCCGAGAAAGAUGCAGUGCCCGAGGACGUCCGAAGAGCUGCGCGAGAAAUGGGUGAAAAGGCCUUCAAAGAAAGGUUAAGGGAGAUUGAUAUGAGCGAGUACGAUGCCUCAACCUACGAGCGAUUCUCCAGCGCAGUCCGAAGACAAGUUCAGUCUCUACGAAUCAUCCUGGACAAUUUACAGGCUAAAGGGAAGGAGCGUCAGUGGCUGAAGAACCAGGCUCUGGGAGAUUUGGAUGAUGCUAAAAUCAUCGACGGUCUGACUGGAGAGAAGGCUAUAUAUAAACGGCGAGGAGAGCUGGACCCAGAGCUGGGCAGUCCUCAGCAGAAGCCGAAGCGUCUUCGAGUGUUAGCCGACGUGUCGGGCAGCAUGUACCGUUUCAACGGCGUGGACGGCCGGCUGGAGCGCUCCAUGGAGGCUGUGUGUAUGGUCAUGGAGGCUCUGGAGAACUACGAGCACAAGUUUAAGUAUGACAUAGUGGGACACUCAGGCGACGGCUACGACAUCGAGCUGGUCAGAGCGGAUAAAGUCCCCAAAAACAACAAACAGAGACUCAAAGUCCUCAAGAACAUGCAUGCACACGCUCAGUUCUGCAUGAGCGGCGACUUCACCCUGGAGGGCACCGACGCCAGCAUCAAGGAGCUGGCGCGAGAAGAGGCAGACGAGCACUUUGUGGUGGUGCUCAGCGACGCCAACCUGGAGCGCUACGGCAUCCGACCCGAGCGUUUCGCCCAAGUCCUGACGUCCGACCCGCAGGUCAACGCCUUUGCCAUCUUUAUCGGAUCGCUCGGCGAUCAGGCUGAAAGACUCCAGAAGACCCUUCCAGCUGGCAGAUCCUUCGUUGCCAUGGACACCAAGCAGAUCCCCCAAAUCCUGCAGCAGAUCUUCACAUCUACAAUGUUGUCCAGUGCCUAGCACACACACACACACACACACACACACACACACACACACACACACACACACACACACACAAACAUCAUAAUCACACUCACUGCUCAUGUAACACAUUUAAAUCCUCCUAAUUGGCUCUGCUGGAGCUGAAACUUCCAUCCACUUCCUGUAUCCGAUCACAUCACUUUAUUGGAGUUGUAUCAGGUCUGAGGACUCAUUUUGAGCUGUAAAGGAUGCAGACGGUUAUAUUUAUUAUUUUACAGGCAGGGUGUGACGUGACGCCGCUGUGUUAGCGUGACAGGUAAAUGGUGUUUAGCUGCCGCGUCCCUCGGGGAGUCGUAACAGCACAAAGGGGCCGGACUGAAGCCUGUGAUCUUGUGCAGUGGGACUGUUUCUCCGCUGUGAAAUGACACACAGUGAACACUUCUAGCUACAGUGGCUCUUAGAACGCCCGGAACCCGUCUCCGACCUCAUGGGGGGAUCAAACACACACUCUGACCUGUUGUUGUUUUUGGCCGCUGACGCACACAUGCAGACAUCUUCGUCCUGUUUUGGCUUGUGAGGAACUUGACUUGGACAGGGAAGGUCAUGAGCUUGAACCUUCCUCACUUAUUUGGACUUCCUGCUCAUUAAUCGUCUGUCAGAGAGAGAGAGACGCACACACACGCACACGCACACACACGCACACACACGCACACACGUGGUGGUGCGACACCAACGCACCACCUGUGCGACACUUGGAUGUGGCAAGCGGUAAUAACUCUGCACCUCAGGAAUGCUGGGACUGUGACCAGGGAAUUUCCUACCUGACUGCAGGAUCUCUUUAAAGGCAGCCGCUGUUGCACAACCCCCUGCAGUGUGCGUGUGUGUGCGUGUGUGCGCGUGUGUGCGCGUGUGUGUGUGUGUCUCCUCCAGCAUCUAUGUCAACAUGCACAAGCCCUUUCCUUCCUUUCUGCAGGACCUUCUGACGCCCCGGGUUUGCCUCCGUCUUGUAAGGAAUCUCGGAUCUCCUUUCAUUGCCGGACUUCCCACUCUGCUUUCUGAAGCUCGCCUCGGCGUCUGCAAGAGAAACUGUGUGUGUCAGCGAGUGUUUAGUCGCGCCUGUAAGGAGACUCUGUUCUUAAUGAUUGGCAUCUUUUCUGAAAUGUUUUUAGACUACAUAAAUCGUGGGUACAAAAAGGUUUGUAGUGGAUUUCUCUGCCGGUGGCUGCAAAAUAUGCUGGUUGCUGUGAUGUCAUCAAAGUAUGUCCAAUAACACGGCUGGUUUUUGUCAUUAACAGGCCCAGAAUUUUAAUCUGAGGGCGCACUCACACUAGGCAAUCUGUAGCAUGCCUAAGCACGCUUAGGUUUUUGUAAAGGGAGUGCGGUGGCUUUGAGCACAUUGUAGUGGCUGUCUCUGUUUAAAAACGUCAUCUUCCUCGUUAACAUGAAGGUCUGUCGCUGUAGGGAGCCUUCCUGUCAAACAGUCUGAGCCUGUUAGGGACACUUUGAGCAGCAUCACAUUGCAGCCAUUACAGCCGGUUUCCUUACGUCCAGCUGAAGACAUUUACUGAAAGGAUUCCAAAACUUUUUGUUGUAUCAGCUCCUGACAAAUGUUCAGAUGAAUGUGCAGAGGUUAAAGGAGGUCCCCUUUAUUAGAGCACACAGAUGUUUGUGUGCACAUCAUGUUAUCGUUUUUUAUUUCCGCUCAGUGACAUCCAGCUGUGCCAUCAGAUUAAAUCUCCCUUUCUGUGCCAACUUGCUGCCACGUGUGUCCAAUAGGGUGUCUGUGUCGACUCUGGUUGUAACUCUUCGUGCUCACGCCUCUCUAUGAUUAACUGAAAAGGAUCAAUGGAGCCGCCUGUGAAACUAUCAGCUUCCAUUGAUCCCUGAUAGCGGGAUGUCUCUGAUUUUAGUAACCCAUUUCUGACUCGCUGACCCUCUCUCCUCCUCCCCUCGCUCUCCUGAUGAGUAGGGAGGAACACGAGUGACUCACAUGUUUGCCUGGUGAAACUUUGGGUUUAAAUGUGUAGGCAUUAAAAUGUGUAUAUUAGGAUGUUAAAAUCAAACAUUUACAUCUCUUUAGUAUUAUUUAAUUGUACAUUGUGUUAAUCUAAAGUGAAAAAAAAGUUAAAGAAAUGUGCAAAAUUUUAAUAAAAUUAUGUUAACAUUC